UGCCGGCAGGUGCGCAACGCGACGGCGGUGUUCAUCAUCAACCUGUCGGUGUCGGACCUGUCCUUCUGCUGCUUCAACCUGCCGCUGGCCGCGUCGCUGUUCGCGCAGCGCGCCUGGACCCACGGCGACCUCCUCUGCCGGCUCUUCCCGCUCUUCCGCUACGCCCUCAUGGCCGUCUCGCUCUUCACAGUGCUCGCCAUCACCAUCAACCGAUACGUCAUGAUCGGACACCCCAGGCUCUACCCGAGGCUGUACCGGCGGCGGUGGCUGGCGCUGAUGGUGGCCUCCACGUGGCUGCUGGGCUUCGGCGCGCUGGUGCCCACGUGGCUCGGCGUCUGGGGCCGCUUCGGGCUCGACGACAAGGUGGGGUCGUGCACCAUCCUGCACGACCACAACGAGCGCACGCCCAAGGAGUUCCUCUUCAUCGUCGCCUUCGUCAUACCCUGCAUCGUCAUCGUGGUGUGUUACGCGCGCAUCUUCUACAUCGUGCGCAAGACGGCGCUCAAGUCGCGCGGCCCCCGCGGGGGAGGUUCCAGCGUGGCAACCGCCUCCGCCAACAGCGGGGGCGGCACCGCCGCCUCCAGGAAGGCCGACGCCGCCCUCUCCUCCUCCGCAGCCAGGGCGCACGCCGUGCUGGAGAACGGCGCUGGAGCGGCGACGCGCUUGGAGGCUGGCUCCAGGCCACUGCUGCUGGACGUGCCGAGGACAGCCCACGAGCCCUCCUCCUCCUCUGGCAUCGAUGUCAGCAAUGCGGGGAGCCUGUGCGACGAGGACGACACCGCAUCUGGGGGCGGGGCCGGGGGCGGCAGCCGCAGCGGGACGCCCACCUCCCUGAGCAGCCGAGGGGGCGGCAGGAGCUGCGGGGGCCGGCGGAGGCGGCGCUCCGGCAGGUCGCCGUCCGCCGUCGCGCUCAGCUCCGCACUCUGCCAGGUGGCAGCAGUGUUUGGCAGAGGGCGCGCACCCAGCGGCAGCCCCUGCUCCGUCCGCAGAUACAGCAACAACAACCUGGCCGCUGCACUGCCCACCAGCCCACCCGUCCCAGGGAAGAUGACGACAAAGGACAAGAAGCUGCUGAAAAUGAUCCUGGUGAUCUUUGCAUCAUUUGUGGUGUGCUACCUGCCCAUCACGGUCAGCAAGACAUUCCACUCGGUCACCAACCUGCACGGGCUCAACAUUGCUGGCUACAUCCUCAUCUACCUGUCCACAUGCAUAAACCCUAUCAUCUAUGUCGUCAUGAGCUCAGAGUACCGCCAGGCCUACAAAAACCUGCUCAUGUGCCGUGCCUCGUCUGGAGGUGGAGCGACACCCGGCGGAGGCGGUUCUGGGGCGGGGGCGGGACAGCAGCCGCAGCGGCAGGACAACAACCUGAUGGAGCUGGCGGCGGCAGGGACAGCCGGCCGCUGCGGGUCACAGCGAGCAUGACGGUGACGCCGGAGGCCGUGGUGGCGACGGGGGCGCCACCCCCAUCCCCACAGGGAGCUCGCGUCGGCUGCGGGCAGCGGCAGUGUGCACAAGACUUAGUCGGCGUGGCCUCCCUGCAGUGGGUGAGGGACGG